AUGCUCCGUGUGAAGCAGCCAAAGCUGACCUCGUGAUACUGGUGGAUGAGUCUGGGAGCAUCACUCCUCAGGACUUCAGAAUCAUUCGCUUGUUUCUCAGGCACUUUGUCAACAACCUCGACAUCGGUCUGGACCGAGUCCAGAUCGGUCUGACUUUGUUCAGCACCACACCAAAGACUGUGUGGCACCUGAACACCCACCAGACCAAACAAUCCCUGCUGACGGCCAUAGAAGACCUAGAAAAAGCGCGUGGAAGCACUUACACAGGAAAAGCUCUGACACACAUCCUCCGUAACCAGUUCAAACCCAAUGUGGGAAUGCGUCCAGACUCCAAAAAGAUUGCUGUUCUGAUCACAGACGGGGCGUCUUAUGAUGACAUAGAACUUCCCUCAAAGGAUUUGAAAGACAGCGGCAUUGAAGUCUUUGUUAUUGGUGUUGCAAAAGUCAAUGUGACUCAACUGAAGUUGAUCAACGCUGAUCACAAUAAAAUUUACAUAGUCAAAGACUUUGACAGUCUCCAGGACAUUGUCGUCGAACUCAUUAUCAAUGUCCUUAGAAGUGUUAAAAGUCUAGUCAUGGGCAGUGUUUUAUUGGACCGCUGUUUGAUUUCUCUGAUCUCUGCAGACUCUGUCAGGCUGCUGAACGGUUCCAGUCUGUGUUCAGGCGGACUGCAGGUGAAGUCUAACCAGAGAUGGUCCUCAGUAUGUGAAGCUGAUUUUGACCUGCAGGAUGCAGAGGUGGUCUGCAGGGAGCUUGGCUGUGGACCUCCUUCGCUCCUCCAGGGGGCGCUCUAUGGAGAAGCGGAGGCUCCAGUGUGGAGCAGAGAGUUCCAGUGUGGAGGCCAUGAGUCUGCUCUCCUGGACUGUAGAAGCUCAGGCUCAGCUAGAAGCAGCUGCUCACCUGGCAAAGCUGCUGGACUCACCUGCUCAGAGCCUGUCAGGUUGGUGGGAGGAGCCAGUCGCUGUGCAGGUACACUGGAGGUGAGACGAGGAGAGUGGAGACCAGUGGCGAUGGAUAUCUGGAACCUGAAGGAUGCAGCUGUUUUCUGUGGACAGAUGAACUGUGGUUCUGCUGUUUCUGUAGGAAAUACUCAGAGUUCUUCACAGAGAUCGGUGUGGUGGAUGGAGUCACACUGUGUUCAGGCUGGGUACGCUCUGAAAGAGUGCGCAUCAGCAGAUCGCUCUUCCUCCACCCUGGAUAUCACCUGUUCAGUCCACGACCAGACAGAUUUCCAGCUGGCUCCACUCUGCUUGGAGCAUGAUUACUGGAUGGGUUUCAGGUGUCCUGCCAGCCUCUGUGGCACUACCCCUCAAGCAUGCUGCACCAUCCUUCCCUGCAACGGACCCGUAGACCAAACCUCCGCCACACACCCCCGCCGUCCAACUGAGGCCAGGGAGCACCCCAGCAAGUGGGAGAGAAAAUCCGCUACUACCAGCUUGGCCUAUGGACCACCUUGA